GCCGGCGCUGCGCGUGCGCGACGUGCAGGCGGAGGCGCCCAAGCGCGAGGUGCGCUCGCUCGUUGCCGCCUACGAGCGCCGCAGCGGCAGCGCGGCCCCGCCGCAUCCGGCCGGCCGGCUGGCCACCCAGCCCGCGGAGGCCUCGCCGGUGCGGCAGCAGCAGCAGCGGAUGCCGCCGCACUCGCGGCCGGGGCAGGCUAUGGGCAGCUGCCUCCGCACAGCGUCCCGCGAGGCGCCCCCGCAGCGCCGCCCGCCGCCCCCGGGCGAGGCCGCGGCGGACAGCGAGCGGACCCCGCGGGCACACGGCGGCGAGGAGCAGUUGGGCGCUGUUAAUUUUGGCAUGUCGCCGAUGCACAAGGUGCCGCAGCGAUCGCACAUGUCGCGCACAGCUUCGCCGGCGCGGGCCAUCAACUCGUCGCCGUCGCCGGGCAAGGCGCCCCUCUCCGUGCAGGACCGCAUCCACUUCUUCCAGGCGGGCAGGCCGACGCACUUCUGACGAGGACAAAAUAGGCGGCGCUGACACGACAGAUUUUGCACGUCGGAAGUGUGUUACCUUCGAUACCAGGAUGUUCCUGAGGUGACCGUUCAGUCAUUCCGGCCAGGCACCCUGGCCGUGCGCUGCUGGCAUAUAUCCCGGCCACACCCUUACAGAGAAUAUGGCGACCAGCUUUAGGAGGCAUACCUCCCGGCUGCCCGCGCAGAGAACUAGGCCUGGAGUUCCUGUCGGACGCGGUUCGCGGCAGCCGCGCCACGAGCAUAUCCAUAUGUUUAUAUAUAUAUAUAUUGCCACAUAUGCGAGUACCCGCCAGCUACACGGAC